CGCACGCAACUCCUGUUGAACUAUCACAAACGAUCGAUCAGGCCGGUGUGCAUACUGCGCUCUCCCAGCACCCGAACAAUGGGGAUUUGGCCCACCGAAGCCAUCCCCGUCGCGUCGCAGCGCCAGCUCCAUGCCCAACUGAGCAAAAAUAUACCGAGAAUGCCGACUAACCCCCACCUCCACAGCGCACCGCUCCUUGAAGCAAAAAGUAAAAAUGAAAAGAAAAAAAAGGGGGGAUUGAUGCCGAAGAAACUACUCCGUAGUGGCCUGCGGAAUCGCCCAUCCGCCGACGGCGUGUUCCAACACCAUGGCUAGCGGGCGGUUAGCGAGUUUAAGCGUGAGGGGUUGUCCGGGAUCUCGGGUUACCCCAAAUUGCUUGACCUUGGGCAUACGGAGCGAGGAACAGAAGCGCGCACUAGUGAACAAGUGAGGGGUGGAGGGAAAGGGUCUGGCCCCCUUUUGAGCUUCAACUGCCGUUUUUGGACAAUCGACGGCAAGCAUAAUGGCACUGCGUGUGGUUAGACACCGAACCGUUGGAAGACGAAGGGAGGGAGUGAGAGUCCGUCGAGGGGACGAGAGAGCAACCAGCAGAUCGAUGCCAAUAGUCUCGAUUGUCCUUGGGUUCGGGGUGAAUGGCAAAGACGAUUCAGCGAGCAGAUCGGGUGCCGAAGACAUCCCCGAUUCCAGUCCAGACCGCUCGAAGAGUCGAGGGCUCGGACAACGUCAAAAUCGAAUAGACUCGCAUAAGUCAAGGCCGCAUAGCACAAUUUGCCACGAUGCUUUCGCUUCCGCCUCUGGCUGCCCUUGAACUCAAUUACCCCAGAACGUUCCGAAGGUUGAUUCUGCAAGCCCCAAAGGGCUGAUGGACAUCUCGCAUAUUUUAAGAAACUCCUAAUCGGGGGAAGAUAUUCGACGUAAACUUCCGGGAGGCAUCCUCCCUCCCUUCCGCUGCCCAAGAACCGCAUCCCUGGAGCGAGCCGCGCGUGUCGACCUUGCCUGAAAUAGCAAAGUGCGGUGGGGAUGGUGUGGUCUGGGCGGCGCAGGAACAAUGCAAGCUGUGCAGGGCGGAGACUGCAGAACUCAGGGGGAGGCGAAUAACUGGACGGAUCCUACAUACGCUCCAUGCCCUGAACCAGGUUGUUGGAUUUUGAGCUCAGAUGGAGAUCUGGAUAUGUCCGAUUGUGCGUGUGAAAUAUCAGAUAAACACACUUCGUAUGAAGGAG